UAUCCAGAAAAGAUUUCUUCUUCCUAGGGUUCUUUUUCCCGUCAGGCCGACCGCUGAAUCUUUGCUUCUACCAUUGACGGUUGAUAUCCAAGAUUUAGAUCAGUUAUCGAAGUGAAUGUCAUAUGCAGCUGCUGGAUCAUGUCAGGCGAUAUGGUGUCGGAGCAAAUCUCUGUACCAAGUCGUCAAGGUCAUUUAGAAGCUGUGUCUGGGAAUCCAGAUAUGGCUGAAAUCACAAAUAUGAUGGAAACAAGUACAAAUGAUCUUCCCAUCCAACAUAUGCCAGUUUCAGUCAUGCAGUCAGGGCUAAUGGCCUCUGCAAGCAGCAGCCUUACAUCGCAGCAUGUAGACACAUCAAACGUAUUGAUGGGUGUGUCAGAUCCUAUGUCGUUUAGCUUUGUACCACAGUUUGUUUCCUGCCAACCUUUUAGUCUGAUGGAUUCUCAGUCGUCUACGCCUCAGUUGCAGCCUUCUGUAGCACAUCAAUACCCUUCUGGAGGGUCGAUAGCUGCAUUCAGUAGCUCGGGUUCCACACAGCUGGCUGGAAAGCGUAAAUCGCCUUUGGAGUCUGUUCCUAAUGGUUCUGCACCUCAGAAAUUGGAUGUAUCAAACAAACGAGUAUCACAAAUGCAGCACAGACCUUGGUUACAGCAAUUAUCUCCAGCAAGUAAUGGGUCAGUGCAUUUUCCAACUUCCUCACUUUCUCCAAUGAUGCAACAUGUGCCGAUGCUGAGCAAGAAAGCAGUGCAAAUGGAGUCUGUUUCCAGUAAUGCUGCAAAACAGUUGACAAACAAGAAACAGCCUGUUCCAUCACAAGUCUCGAAGAAAACGCAGAAUGAAGGAAACGAGUCAGUGCGGUCUAAAAUGAGGGAAUCAUUAGCAGCUGCUUUGGCUCAGGCUCAGCAGGAAGACGAUUGUAUUGCAGGGGAAAAGGGUUCACAGACCAAAGAUGUAGAUAAUUUUGCAACAACUCAGGAAAAUUCUGAAAGUGUUGAACCUGUUACUGCUGCUGCUAUUGGCACACCUGCAGUUGAAGUAGCCACAUAUGCAUUGUCCAGUGGCGAUGAAAAUUCAGGGCAGAAAGACAGUGCUGGAAGAAUUGUGUUGCAUGAGACUUCGGAUGACACCCAGAUGAAAGAUGCUAAUCAAUCCGAUGAACAAAAAUCUGAAUUUGAUGAGGUUUUCCCUCGAGAUGAUGUUCCUUUUAGUGACAGUAUUUUUGCCAACGAUGAACUUUUACAGGGUAAUGGCCUCUCAUGGGUACUGGAAUCUGUUUCAGAUCUUGGGGAGGCAAAGGACGUGGAAACAGAUGCAGCACCCAAGUCAGGUGAUGAGAUCAAUGAGAGAACAGAUGGAGAAAAGCCGUUUCAGGAUCCGGAACUCUUGGCAUCGGAGAUUGAAGUGGAACUUUUUAAUCUAUUUGGAGGUGUGAACAAGAAGUACAAAGAGAAGGGAAGAUCUCUUUUGUUCAAUUUAAAGGAUAAGAACAAUCCUGAGCUAAGAAAAAGAGUUAUCUCCGGGGAGAUUCCUCCUGCACGAUUGUGUUCUAUGACAGCUGAGGAACUCGCUUCUAAGGAGCUUUCUCAGUGGCGACAAGCCAAAGCAGAAGAAAUGGCAGAGAUGGUGGUCCUGCGAGACACGGACAUCGAUGUCAGACAGUUGGUGAGGAAAACGCAUAAAGGUGAGUUCCAGGUAGAAAUUGAUCCCGUUGACAGUGGAGCUGUGGAUGUUUCUGCUAGUGUCUCUUCGCGUAGUAGUCAACCUCGACCAAAAAACAAAGGGAAGAAGGAGUCUUCUCAUCCUGUCAAAUCAUUGAAGAAAGAUGAUUCCCAAGAUAAGAUCGCCCAAGGGAAUCAGGGGAAAUCUUGCACCAUCACUAUUCCAUCUAAUGAAGGGACUGAUCCGAUGCAAGGUCUCUCCAUGGAUGAUGAGAUGAAGGAUGUCGGGUUUCUUCCUCCUAUUGUAUCCCUCGAUGAAUUCAUGGAAUCCUUGAAUUCUGAACCUCCUUUUGAAAGUCCCCAGGAAGAUGCUGGAAAGGAAGCCUCUGUACACAAGAAGAGUGACUCAGAAUCCGUGUCUUCCCAUCAAUUUCCAAAAGAACCCAGCGAGAGAGAUUCUCCUAACUCCAAACCCGACAAGUCUAAUUUAGUUUCCCCCAAACCGGAUGCCAGUGUCUUGUCCAUUGAUGAUGUCUCUAAACCCGAAAAUAGAGAUGACGUGGCUUCUAUAAAGGGAGAAAAGGUCUGGGAUGGUAUACUGCAGCUUAGUAGCUCUUCCGUGGUACCUGUCACUGGAAUUUAUAAAAGUGGAGAGAGAGCUCAGACGAGGGAGUGGCCAACGCUGGUGGAGGUGAAGGGUAGGGUGAGAGUGAGUGCAUUUGCAAAGUUUCUAAAAGAGCUUCCUUUGUCCAGAAGCCGUGCCCUAAUGGUGAUGUGCUUGGUGUGCAAAGAUGGUGUCUCUGAAAGCCAGCGUGGCAAUCUUUACGAGGCUGCAGAGUCGUACGUAGCUGACGAGAGAGUGGGUUACUCAGAGCCAACCUCCGGCAUGGAGCUUUACCUCUGUCCGCCACGUGGCCAGACGCUCGAUAUGAUCGGCAAGAUCAUUUCCAAUGACCAGCUCGAGGAGGUCAAGCGUCUGGACGUAGGGUUGAUCGGUGUCGUCGUAUGGAGACGAGCUGUUGCCUCUUCUCCCCGCCCACGCGACAAACCCGGAUUCAAAAGGCAUCACUCUUCUUCAGGUUCUGGGAAGAGCUCAGUCAUAAAUGCCAUGAAUAGUGGAAGAGCUGUUGCAUCAUCCAUGGUGGGGAGUCAUGGCGUUACUGCUAAUGAUGAUGGUAAUGACGAUGAUGUCCCACCCGGGUUUGGUCCCGGGUCUGCUGCAAGAGACGAGGACGACGAUCUUCCGGAGUUUAACUUUGAUUCCUCGAGUAGGCCAGUUUCUUCUCCCCGGCCGCAAUCCCGGUCUAUGCAUCAAGUAAGGGAGCUUAUACACAAAUAUGGCAAGUCUGUAACCGGCGGUAGUAACCAGGGAAUCCAGCCAUGGAACAACAACGAUGAUGAGGAUGACGAUGAUAUGCCCGAAUGGCAGCCACGGGCUCCUAGCCACCACCCGGUUCCACCGCCCACUUCUCUCCAGCCACCUCCCGGCUUUGGGGCUGAGAUGGAUCCUCGACAAGUUCACAGCAGGACAGUGGUCAGACCACCUAUACAUACGCAGCAGCCACUGCCACCACCUCCACGGUCAGGGGACGGAUGGUGGGCCAAUCAGAACGCGGUGGCAGAGCAACCGUAUGGCCAUGCCGGGCCAAGGAACAGAGGAUUUUGACCUGUCUAGUUUUUUUUUUCCUUGCCUCGUGUAGUUACAGUUUCUCUUCUCUCCCUAGGCUUUUGUAGGCUGUCUGUAUUUCUCAAUCAUCUUCUUGUAGCAAUCAUGUAAUGUAUAAUCUUUGAAUAAUGAAACUUUUGCGUGAAAAACUUCGAAAAAACUGUUUGCUGUUUCA